UGUGCAUGCACAUACAGGCAACUGUGCAAAGCAGCCUAUGAAUAUAGUUCCAAUAAACUUAGGACAUAGCAAACAGUGUAACUGGUAGCUUAGCCUUGCAGAAUGGCAGCCUUCAGGCUCCUCUCUAAAGAUGAGACAUUUGAUCCUGGAGUCAACUUGGACAGCUGUGGUGAAGAUUCUGACUCAGAUAACCUCAACAAUGAUAAACUCCCAUCCUUUGGCAAAGGUGCAGACAGUCUAGAUGCAGUGUACAAUGACCUGAGUUGUCAGUGCUCAGGUACCAAGUGCCUGUGUGAUGACCAUACCCUCUCGUGUUCCCAUGGAGGACCCGAUGCUGACCCAGGGCCUACGAAAGGAUGCCAGUGCAAAAGGCUACAGCCUCAGCAUCAGAAGAGAUGCAAGGGGGAGGGGGCAACUAGGCUCUACAAUACAAAUGAUGAUACGUUUGAGUGUGGAAAUGCUCACAGCAAUCUCUGCAAGUGGUGUGCCCAGAAGUGUCCCUACUGUCCUAUUUGUGGACCUCAGGCAGCCCGAAGGUAACGGAGACAAACACUUUAAAUUAGAUAUUAUUGUUGUGAUGUCACUCUACAAACAUUAAUGAUGAAGAAAUAGUGCUGAAACAACUGAUUGAAUAUUAACAACUUGA